AUGGAUAGCACCCGUAGCACGGCUCAGAUCCGGAGGAAACCCGUCGGAGGCACAAAGGUGCCCUCACCGCCAGCCGACCCAGCCCGCGCUCAUCUUCCCCCGCAAACACAGACUCAGACUCAGACUCAGACACAACCUCCGACUUCCGGCUCACAUCCAGCGGCCGCCGGCAAUCGCAACUCCGGCCUCUACGGCUAUGGAACCGGGAAUGCGACGGGGUACGGCAUCGGCUACGGCACAGGCAACGACCCCCGCCAACCCCGGUGGACAGAGGACCGCCCGGAGCUUCCUCCGCGACCAACAUCCCACUCACCUCCGGCCCCCCCGGUACGCAAACCCGUUGGCCCGCGAGCCAUCCCGACCCCGGCACCCGACUACGACGCGCCUUUUGCCUCCAGACCUCCUCCUCCCGCUGCUGCAGACCUCCACCGCGCCUCUCCCUCCCAGUCUCCCUCCCGUAUGCCGCCGCAGCAGCAGGAACCCUCCUCGUCGCCGGCGCGUUCACGUCGCUACUCCCGUCCGACCUCUGUCUACCGCCAACAAUCUCGCUCUCCCUCACCGAACCGUUUCCACAACACAAAGGAGGUCCCCUACACCCUCUCCCUCAUCCGCCGCGACCCGAGCACGGGGAACCAGUGGAACGUAGGCCGCGUGGCCUCCCACCAGCUCGAGGACUCUGGCGACGACGGGUACGAGUACUUCUCCUUCGACUCGGCAGGUCUCUCAGCUCACGACCGCCGGCGCGCAAACGCCCCUCAACCCCCCAUCAACAUCCGCCUCGAGUCCUCCGGCUACGCAAAGUUCCGCCACAUGCCUCUGCGCCAGAGCGUGGAUAUGCCGCGGACAUCAACGACGACUGCGCCCCCUUUUGCAAACUCGGAAGACGCGCUGAACCACCUUCAGCAACAGCAGCAGCAACAACAGCAACAACAGUCACCGGAGGGCGGCUUCUCCCGCCAAGUCGUCAUGUCCUACGCCAAAUCCUGGUCCUCCAACAUUCGCGAAAAGUUCAGCUCUCGGUCGCGCUCAGGCAGCCUGAUGGACGAAGGCGACUCAGUCCCCUUUGGUUCGCCGCCAGCGAGGUCUACCCAUCGCCACUCACGCCAGCUGAGCGCACACUCGACGGGCUCCGUCUCUUCUAACGGAAGCGACUCGGGCCCCAUCAUCACCCAGCCGGGCCACGGCCUCCGGCCUCAGGGUUAUGUGUUUGUCUCGCCCUGGGACGGCCGCUGCGAGUUCCGCACGGGGAAUGCCGGGCGUAGUGUUAAGUGCAGACACAUCCUGCCCACGGCUGGCGGGCUGAGUAACCCGCUCGCGCCGUCGAGUUCGUCGUCGUACUCGGCCAGCGUGAGCGAGUUGCGGUUCAACUUGCCCAGCACGGAGAUUUUCAAGCAAGAGGGCAAGAGGGAGCAGCUGAGCGGGCACUUUAGCCGGCUCCUCAACGUCGGUAACCGAAACGGCGAGUAUAGCGACGAGGACGAGCCGCCUAGCCCGUUUGAUCUGAAGCUCGGCAAGGAGAGGGCGGGCGGUGGCAACAGGGGAAAGAGGGCCAAGUUGGGCAAGCUGAUCAUCUACCCCGAGGGGCUGAAGAUGUUGGAUCUGGUGGUGGCCGCCAACAUGGGUGUUUGGUGGGGAGCUUGGGAGAAGACGUUUUGA